GCUACUCUGGCCUCUACUCCACCGCCUCCGUCCUCGAGGACCCGUUCGUCCACCCGCCAAACGACCUCCCCUCCGUCGCCAUGCAGCGCGCGUUCAACGCGCAGCUCCUCACCUCGUGGGACGCUCUCCGACCGCCUCCCCCUCCGCCCGACGGCGCCAAGGAGGGCGGCGCACCCGACGCGGCCGCCGUCGCCGCCGCCGUCCUCCGCGGUCCGCCUCCCGAGUGCACCGCUGCCGCCUCCGCCGCCGCGUGCGUGCCCGCCCUCGAGUGGGAGGCCACCUGCCGCCUCUGGCUCGCGUGGGAGGCGCGCUGGCUCGCGCGGCUCGCCGCCGACCAGCAGGAGCAGGCCCUCGCCCUCGCCGAGCCCUCCGACCUCCGCCAGACGCGGCGCGACCCCACCCGCAGCUUCUUCUUCCUCGGCUUCCUCCUCUACGCCGUCGAGGACGCGCUGCUCGACGCCGCCUCCAUCGCCCUCGCCCUCCUCCCCUUCGGAUCGCGCAGCAGAGAGCGCCGCCGGUGGCGACCCUUCUCGUGGUUCGAGGAGGGCACCAACGUGGAGCACUAG